GUAUACCAUCAUAUCUCAUUCAAGCAAAGCCCCCUUAUUAAAGUGCAGGUCUUCGUGGUUGUUUCUUCUGUAAUCUUGCAAGGAAGAAGAAGACGCAAUGUCUCGACGAGAAGGUCGAGAUUCGGACUCAAAGCGACACCGUUUCAAGUUCGAUAGAGAAUCCAGUCCCAAAAGAUCUAGGAGGGAUGGGAAACCAGAAACAGAGAGAAUACCCAGCAGUCUUAAUACAACUAAUGGAGAUCAUGUGGACCGUGAUCAAAAGCAUCGCCGCAGAUUACAAGAUGCUUUACCACUGGAGGCCCCAUUGGCAUCGGAUUCCAAGGAGGAAACGGAGGCUGUAGGCAAAGAAUCUGACAAGAAGACCAGUGGACCUCGUGACAGAACCAAACCCUCUUCUGAUAUACCGCGACAUCGAUCCUUUUUUCAGCAUGAUGAGCGGGAUGGUUCUAGGCAAGCGGGCCGAAGAUUCAGUCACAGAGCAAAUACUGAGCGCGGAUGGUGGGGGGACUCCAAGGAUCAUCAUGGUGAUAGGGACCCGAAGGAUCAGCAUGGUGAUAGGGAUUCAAAGGAUCAGCAUCGUGAAAAGGCAACAAACAAGACAGUGACUGAUGAUACACAGAAAAGGGAUGAAAAAUCUGAAGCUCAGGGCAGUGACAAAAACCGUGUUUGGCGCCAUGAUGGAUUCUUUGAGAUGGAGUCCAAUCCACAUCCACCUGCAAGGAAGAGGCCUGCAUUUAGGGAGAAGAAGAUCCCUGUGGACCAUGAAAUUGCUGACAAAGCGGCAACAGAGGCUGUUAAGCCAAGCCAUCCUGACCGCUCCAUGCUAAGUGAAAGAGGAGGCCGUAACCCCCGUCACUUAGGCAGACCGGAAAAUCCAUUUUCUGGAGAUGGGGCAUUGCCCUACCGGGGAGAAGCACAGAGGAGUGGUGGCCCUGCACCAAGGUAUGGAAGUGGCCGUGGUGGUGGCAAUUUUAGGGAAAGGGAUAGGUUUGGUGGGAGGCAAGGGCAAAGAUCAGGUGAUGUCCGAGUCGAAAAGUGGAAGCAUGACCUUUUUGAUGAGGCUAACAGGAGUCCAGUCAGAAAGAAGGAAGAGGAGCAGAUUGCAAAGGUGGAAGCACUGUUGGCUUCCUAAGAUUGAAGUUGCUUGAGGAUGUCCUUCAGCCUCUAGAUCUUCAUAGCAAAUCCCUGUUGGGUUUGUUCAAAUUCUCAGCCAACACAGUUUUCCCCUUAAGACAUCUCAAGACAUUUUCUUUUAUUAAAAGGUUGCUUGUACUUUUUGUUCAUGAAUGAUAUUGUAAAAGGAGUCUAAAUGAAUUGAAGAAUUUUGAUUUACAA